CGGACUCUCACACAGACGGGAGAGAGCGAGCGGUCCGUGUGAAGUGAAGAUAAACAGCGAGAAAUCUCUCUGAAACAGAGCGCAAUGACUCGCUUGUGCGUCUGUGAUAUGUGCAACUGCGGCCGUCAUCGCUGCACACACCAGUCCAGUACACUGUACAGUAAAGGAGGUAAGAGUAACCCAUUGUCUGAGUACACAGAGAAAUACCCGGCCUAUAAAGGUCACACUCGUCCAAAAAGCCUCAAGCCCCAACAGGAGUACAAAGCUCACCAGAGCACAAUGGAGGGAACAACCACCUUCAGGAUGGACUAUAUCCCGUACGUGGUGCCUCGUCGCCCUGAAAGACAGCAGGUGGAGUACAAGCCUAAACCUGGACAGAUUGACUUAGGGACCACCUAUAAACAAGACUUCAAUCAAUACGAAAUACAGCCAUUUGUUCCCUUUCGCCCUAAAGAAAGAGCACAUAUCAUGAAUGCAAAACUGGACACGGUGCCCACCUACAAAGAGGAUUUUCGUCAGUGGGAAAUCAGCAAGCGUGAAUUAACUAAACCUGAUAUGACCUAUCACCCUCCUGCUGCCAAAUUUGGAAAUUCCACAACAUUCCAGGAUGAUUUUGUCCAAAAAGGUCUUGUGCCACGUGAGAGCUACAAGCCUCCCAACGUAGCCAAGUUCUCAGACGUUCCAUUCGAAAACCUAACCAGCAACAAGCUCUCAUAUGUACCACAUGCUCUGGAAGCCCGUUACGUAAAAGCGCCGGAAGAAUAUAAACCCAACAGCAAUCCAUUCCAAGACCUCACCACACACCGACAAGACUACCAAGGCCUGCCUGGUCAACUGUCCAAAAGCUGCAAGCCUGAGGUCCUCAAGGUGGCUUCUAACAAGCCCUUCCAGAGCAGCACGGAAUUCCGGGACCGCUUCCAGCAGUGGCCAGUCUCCCUUCCGGAAUUCCACAAGUCGGUGGAGUACACGAGUCCCACAGAGCAUAUGGACCUGACCACCACCUCACACACAGAUUACAUCAAGCACCAGGUCCAUCCCUUCGUAUCCGCCAAACCCUUCUCAAUCCCGAAAAAGUCCUCCCGGCCCUUUCAGGGCAACACCACAAUGAGGGAUGACUUUCAGCCGUGGGCGGCGCAACGUCAAAGCCUGAUCCGGAAGCAAGAGGAAAUCCGGCGAUCCAGUGAGAAGAUGGAAGAUCUCACCACCUUCAAAGCCCAUUUCAUCCAUCACCAACCCCAGCCCAGUCAAAGCUUCAAGCCCCAUAAUGCACCAAUGCGGUCCGACGCUCCGCUAGAGAACGACACCAUGUACCGCACAGAGUUCACACCCAAGAAAAUCAGCAUUUGUCCAGCCAGUUUCGAGUCUCCACCGGGGUUUGUUUUCGACACGUACGACGAUCGAGGUCACCGGUUCUUCCGCAAGUUGACAUCCACUGAUACGAUUGAGACUCCUAAGGAAAUGGCCUUGAUUGCUUAACUCAUCAUGUGGUUAUAUAAAAGAUGACUCAGCAUACAAUAUGAUGUCGUGAAUUGUUUCAAUGGGUCAUCUACCUUUUAAAAAUCAAUAAUUAUGAACUUUGUUGUUGUUUACUCGCCUUCAUGUCGUUUGAUCCCCCAUUGUCUUUCUUUGUUCUUCAGAACCCAAACACAGUUUAUUUAAAAAAUGUUGUUUGGGGUUUUCUGGUUACUAUGGUAGGGGACAGUGACCACUUCAAAUGAAUGUCUUCAGGACACUUACAGUAGGAGUGGUUUCCUGGACUGGGAUCAGUUUAAACCAGAAAUAGGCCUUACUUUUAACAAACAUGCCUUAUUAAAAACAUUACUUGUGUGCAUUUUGAGGCAAAACAAAGGGCACUGAUGUAUUUUAAGAUAUGUCAGUGCAAGUUGUUUUCAGUUUGGACAGCUCUUACAUUUGUUUAGUCUAGGACUAGUCUGAUCCCUGUCCGGGAAACUGCCCCUUAAAAUUAAGGGUUUUCUAGUAACUAUGGUAGGGGACAGUGACCACCUUUUUAAACUUCAAUUUAAUGUCUUCAGGACACUUGGGUAGGGUGACCAUUCGUGCCAGUUCCGCCGGACACAUCCCGAACAUGUUUUCGAGUGCGUUCUCCGGAAGUCGUGUUGGUCGACCGCAUACGUUUUCAAGGCUUAAUAUUUCGGGUUCAAUUUCAGAAAAGCAACCGUUACAUUUCAAGGUAAGAAUGAAACUACAAUGAUUGUAUGUCUUAAAAGAAAUAAAUCUUAAUUUUUUUAUGUAUUUUAAAUGAAAUGUGAGAACCUCAAUGACGUAUGCGGUCGAGCAAUGCGCCUUGAACCGAAAACAUGUUCGGGACGUGUCCGGCGGAACUAGCACGAAUACACUUAGGAGUGGUUUCCCGGACAGGGAUUAGC